AUGGUUGGCAGCCGAGGCUUUCCCGCUCUUGCUUUUCUCCUAGCCCUGGUCAGCGUAGCAGGCGCUAGUGGUCCUACGAGUAUCUUCAUUGAUCAGAUUGAAGAAUACAAGCUGCUCGCAACAUGUGCCGAGCUCGAAUUGUCGACUAUCGUGCGUAACAUGAAAUGGGGGUGCGGCGAUGGCGGCUCAUACCAGUCGUUUACUUGCUUCUGCUACGAGAGCUCUGCCAAGUUCUCCAGCAUGAUUGGAGCUCAUGUCAUGACCCAGUGUCCAGACGACCCUUCGCAAAACACGACGGCGCUGGAAGUGUUUAGCAGCUAUUGUGAUAUCGGAGGUUCUAAGUUGGCUGAGAUCGCCGGUGAGUAA